UUGAGCGUUUCUUCAAAAAGUUCUCCUUUAUACCUUCUUCUAUAUUCUUCUAUUCUUUUCGUAGCUUUUCGUGCGGCCAUGAACAGCAGACACACGCAUAGUCUCCCCAUAACGCAGAGAAAUUCGUUAUGAUCCGUUCAAGCUUUCUUUCUGGUAAACACCUUCAGAGGCCUACUGCUUCCUUAUUGAAGCAUGUUUUUGUGUAUCGGAGGUGCAAAAGUUGAUAUGAAAACUCUCAACUUUGUACACAACUACAAGAGCUGAUGUUAAAGAAACCAUGCAGCUAUAUCAUCACCCUUACUCCUUGGACAGCCAGAAGGUUAGGCUGGCUUUGGAAGAGUAUAACAUUGAUUACACAUCAUACCAUGUCAAUCCUCUCACAGGAAAGAACAUGGAAUCCUCAUUCUUCCGCAUGAAUCCAAGUGCAAGACUGCCUGUUUUCCAGAAUGGAUCUCACAUCAUCUUCAAUACGAUAGAGAUAAUCCAGUAUAUAGAAAGGAUUGCACUAGUGUCUUCAAGCAUUGAUAAUACUACCACUAAUAACAGAGAAGUUGAUGAAUGGAUGCAUAAGAUACAAGAUUGGAACCCUAAAAUCUUCACACUCUCCCACAUACCUGAAAGAUACCGUCUCUUUGUUUCAAAAUUCAUCAGACGGGUUGUGAUUGCUCGGAUGGCUGAGUCCCCAAAUCUAGCAAGUAUAUACCACCUGAAGCUAAGAGAUGCAUAUGAGACAGAAGAUAAAUUGAAGGACCCAGAUGUUUUAAAGCAAAACGAGGAAUGCCUAAUCAGACUCCUUGAUGAAGUGGAGAUGCAGCUGAGCAACUCGGCAUAUCUGGCAGGGGAACAUUUUACAAUGGCAGAUGCCACACUUAUUCCUGUUCUGGCUCGCAUAAUGCUUUUAAAUUUGGAACAUGAGUACAUUUUUAUCAGGCCAAAGGUUGCAGAAUAUUGGAAAACAAUGAAACAGAGGCCUAGUUAUAGAAAAGUAAUUGGGAGGUAUUUCACAGGUUGGAGAAAAUACAAAAUACUGUCCAAAACAAUCUUCUUUCUUUGCAUCAGAAGUGUACUUAAGAAAUAUUGAUAAAGACUAGAGUACUGUAGAAUAUGAUUACAAAGUAUUGGAACAGAGUGAAGCAGAGGUCUAGUAUAAAGGAAACUAGGAAGAAUUUAAUGAGUUGGAGAAGAAACAUAACACUGUCAAAAACCUUCUUUGUUUGCAACAGAGGGGUGUUAGGAGAUAUAGCAACGACUAGAGUAUUUGUGGACAUGAUAUAAAAGAAGGACAAGAGCAUGUAGAAAUAAUUUUUAUUCAUUGAUGUAUAUUAUGUUAGGGGUGGUUCUUCCAGAACUUUGGAUGGAUAUUGGAUUCAAUCAGGUGGAACAAGCAAUGCGGUCAUCCCUUAUGAGAUUAACUGAUGCUUCUUCAUGGUCAAGAGGCACCAUAUGGUUCAUAAAAUUAUACCUUCUAGAUGUAAUAUUGUUUCUGUUGUUUGUUUUCCCAACAACAAAUUCACUUUUUAAUGAUUCAAGCUUCUGGUCAUUAACUUUGCCCAUAAUUGGGUAGUGUCAAUAUCCCCACCUCAAGAAUCAUGACACGGAAGUGUUGCCAUGUAACCGUAACUUUCCUUUUCCAUGCAUGUAUUAUGUAAAAUAUUAAGAUUUCAUUGUUGGCAUGUUCUAUUUUUGCUCCUCCUAUA